AUGCCGCCUUUUAAAGAUGAUCAGAUCAUUAUUAUCGCGCCUGGUUCAGAGACGACUGUCGCGCAACUAGGCCUGCCCGAGUCUUUUACUCCUGCACGCCUACGUGUAAGAUCGCGCAUGUUCCCGGCCGAAAAGGAGGGCGAAUUCGAACCGUACAAGAUCCGGAGAAGGCAGGACAAGCCAGCUGCUGCAAAUGGCGACGCCCAGGACCAGGCACAGCAAGAGAGCAAGCCUGCCGAGGGCGACGACGAGGUUAUAUGGGAAGAAGAUCGCGUAUCUGAAGAGGGCGCAAUAUGGCCAAUUCAACAGGGCAGGAUCGUCGACUGGCCAUGCUUCUUCGCUCUGAUCACGCACGUCUACAACUCGCUAAACCCGCCCUUCCACACCCCAAUCCUCCUCGUCACCCAGCCUGCAUGGACGCCCCGCGAGCACGAGAAGCUCACCCAGUUCUUCUUUGAGAAGUUCAAGGUCCCCGCGUUUGGCUUGAUGGAUGCAGCACUAGCAACCGCCUGGGCCUAUGGGGUACACACCGCAACCGUCGUAGACGUGGGCAAGGACAAGGCCGACGUCACUGCCGUCAGCGAGUUCAUCCCUCACACCCAGGGUAGGGUCAUAUCGCUCGCUGGAUGUGGAGGCGAGGCUUUUACCCAAGGCCUUCUUGCCAAAUUGAAGUCCAAGGGUCUCAACCGUGACAUAAUCGAGAGAGCCACAUUCUUGUACGAGGACCAUGCGCUGUUGGACACCUUAAAGAACAUGAACCUGAAUACACAGGAAAUGGCGGACGCAAAAGGCGCUUUGGAUGAAGGUCCCAGCAAGAAGGCUCACGAGAAUGGAGAAAACGGAGAGCCGGCUUCUGCGACCGAAACGAACGGCGCUGAAUCGAGCAAUUCGACCAGACGGACAGGAGCGAUCAGACGAGAGAUUGAAGUCGGCACCGAGCGAUUCAUGGCAGAUGGCAAUGGCACAUUGGAGAAGAUCGCCGACGCCAUACAUAGAACGAUAUCGGCUAUCGAUGAGGUUGGCAAACGAAGUGACCUCUGGGAUCAAUUGAUCGUUUGCGGUAAUGGAUCAAAGCUAAGAGGCUUCAAGGAAUCUCUACUGCAGACCAUCCAAACCAAGUACCUAGUCUCGCCUUCGUCAGCCACCAUCUUCACAUCAGAAAUCCCAUCGAAUGUCUCAACACCUGCCGGAACCGGAGCUAAUACCCCACAGCCUCAACUGGGCCCACACGGAGGCUCUCAAGUCAACCCGCUUUUACUUGCAGCCACCACAGCACAGACCCACAAUAUGAUUCCCCACGGUGGUAUACCUGGCAUGUCCCAAAACACUCACUCAUCCCACGGGCAGACCCCCACAUCCAUCAAGUUUGUUAAGCCACCAGAGUACUUUCCCGAGUUCAAGGAUGUCGGGUUUGAUGAAUCAGCCUUCUUGGGCGCCCAAGUCGCUGCAAAGGUCAUCUUCGUAGUCGAUCAGGGCCAGUCUAAGGGAUACAUGACCCGUCCCGACUACAACGACCAGGGUCCGCAAGGUAUCCAUGACUAUAGCCUAUGA